AUGGAUAUUGAAGAUGACGAGGACACAGAGAAGAAACCAAAAAAGCUUCCCACUUCUUUGUAUCUGACAUCCGGAAAUUAUUAUUUACAUCUGAGUAAUUAUGAGGAAGCAAUCAAGAGUUUUAAUAGUGUUUUGGAAGACGAAGAAUAUAAUACAAAGGCCUUAUUAGGUACCUCAGUGUCAUAUUUGAGGCAAGGGAAAUUAAAGGAAUCAAAAAAGGCAAUAGAUAAAAUAUUGAAAGUGGCUCCCAACAAUAGCGAUGCAAUAGGGUUGAAAGGAGAAAUUAAAUAUUUACAGGGUGAUUUCGAAGCAGGUCUGAUUGAACUAUGGCCGGCAGCUGCAAGUCGACCCAUUCGAUUGGAUUUGCGUCUUGGCUAUCAAGUUUGCGAAAAUGCAAUCGACAAAUUCUUAUAUCCCGGAGGAUCACUGUCUUUGGACCACCAAGAUGUGGAAGAAGUGGAAAAGCUUCUGCAAGGUGGGGAAAUGAAAUAUGGUGUACCGUUUCGUAAAAAGAGACGUGAUCUCCAUUCAUUUGAGGACGAUUUGAAUUUUUCAUCAGAACUAAUGAAAAUUAAAGCCAUUGAAGAAGUUCAUCCUAUUUGCAAAGACUUACUACUCUUUUUAGAGGACAGGAAGAAGUUCUGGCGCAUCGCGAAUCCCCAUCGGGAUCGGAUGCCUUUAAAGCCUAAGAUACCAGAGUGGGUUAAAGAUGCACAUUUCGAAAAACACGAUCCCAUAGUUGUGUACGACAUAGCAAAAGUAAAGUGCUUGGAUUCCCAUGAUGCUUUGAAACAAGGAAGUGUUGAUAGUUCAUUAAAAUUUAGCUUAGAAGCACUUGCCAUACUAGGCUGCAUAAAAAAAUAUGCUUACGAUAUGGCAGAAACAUCGAAGCUAAAAUUAAUAUUACUACACCUUAUCGGACUGGCUCACAUGUUUAAAAAUGAUUAUAGGUCUGCAUUGGUAUAUUUUCAGAGAGAAAUUACACUCGCCCUUUAUAAAAAUAUGCCAGAUUUUAGGUUGAAAGCUAUUCUUUGUAUGGGUGAAAUAUUUUUCAGACAAAAGAAAUAUGAUAGAGCUAUUUCAUGUUAUGAACAUUGCCUAUUUGUUUCAGACUCUGCAGAGUUUGAUACAAAUAUGUUUUACAAAAUAGCUGAGUGUCAUAUGAAUCUGAAUGAUCUACAAAAGGCGUAUAAUUAUGCGCAACGAGCCGUUGAAGCUGCAGCGAGUAAGAAAGAAACCAGACUACAAUUAGAUGCAACUCUACUAAAGGCGGAAAUAAGCGUGAAAGACAAAAAAAUGGAUAGAGCAGGGUUUUUGUACUCUGAAGCUUUAUCUAUGGCUAGACGAAACGAUGAUUCUAGAAUAAUUGAUAUAGAAAGCUUAACAGUGAUGUUUCAUCAAGAAUUUAAAGAUAAAGCAGAGGAGAGGGAAAACUUAUAA